AUGACGACUCUGCCUCUCAACACCUCAGCAACUUGUGCAGAACUUGAGUCAGGACAGACGACAACCCCUCCCUGUACGCUUUGUUGCUGUGGCCUGGUCAAUCGCACCUUGGCUGUAGGGUUCAUGGUCAGCCUGGCAUUUGCUAUCGUGGUUGGCAACAUGAUCACUCUUACAGUCUUCCUACAGACAAAGCAGUCCAGGACACCUCAGGGAUAUCUAAAAGUGUCUCUGGCUGUAGCCGACAUGAUGGUGGGUGUCUUUGUGGUCCCGUUCUCCAUCUACACUGAGGUGUCACUAAUGGUAACCAACUCGCCUCCCAGUUGGUAUAAGCGUGGCUCCACUUUCCUAGGGGAAUGGCUACGCUCUUGGCAGCCCUGCAUGCUGAUUGGCCCCGUGUUUGCCGUGUGCACGUUUGUCUCCAUUACCACCAUCUUCCUCAUGACCGUGGAAAGAAGCGUGGCCAUCCUGUGGCCUCUCCGCAAGGACACCUUAGUGACACGGAGACGAACUCUGCUUCUGGUCGUGCUCUCCUGGACUUUCAGUGUUUUGCUUGCACUGGCGCCCCUCAUCUUUAGCAGCAACUUCACUCUGGAGUACGACGAGUGCAGUCGCAUGUGCAUCUACACCCCCUUGAAUCCCCAGUUAUCUGCCAAUAGCCAUGUUUUGCUGUUGUUCCCAGCAUUUGACUUCACACUUCUUAGUGGCACAUUAGCCGUUAACAUUGUGUCCUUCACAAGCAUUCGGCGUUACACCAAAAUGCGUGAACUUCUCUCUGAGACCAGUCCAAAUGGUGGAGGCUGCUGUAAAAGACCCACCCUGUCAGAUAUCAAAGUUGCAAAGACAAUCUGCAUCUUAACGUUGACCUUCACAGCGUCCUUCACUCCUAUUGCAGUGUUUGUACUCGGGAACGUGGUCGGAUACACCUGGUGUAACUUUUCCUUUAUCGCUUUCUGGAUCUUGGCAUGUAACAGUUGCUGUAAUGUAAUAAUCUAUAGUGUGAGAGACCAGCGCUUUAGGAAGGGUGUGACCCUGCUCUUCCAGCGAGAGCACUCGCCUCCUCAAGGUGAGAAGAUCUGAGGGACGAAAAUGUGUCAGCUUCAAUAAUGCUAUUGAACAUUCAGUGAAUAAUUUGUACAUGGCCCUCAUCAGGGGGUGCUAAAGUCUAUUCCAGUCUCUAAAAAAUCGCAGGGCAUAUAUAAGCAGACGAUCAAUCACACUCACAUUUACACCUGUGGACGUUUAAAAUGUCUAACUAUCACAACAUGCAUGUCUUGGGAAUCUGGGCCAAAGCCAAAGUACUCGGGGAAAACAACAUGCUCUCUACACAAAUAUUUGCCAAUUGCGAUUUGAACCUGAAUUUCCUGAUUGUAAGGCAAACCACUAUUCUAUUGUGCUGCUCAACUUCAUAGCAAAGCCUAUUAAAGGACCUAAUUAAUACUGUAAACUUUGU